CGCAAGAUGAUGACGCAUGUGUAGCCGUUUGUGAACGCUAUGGCGGCUCAUGCUAGCGAGCUGGAGAUUGCAAAGAAGAAUUUAACAGAUGCGAUAGGCGAUAACGUGAAGCACUACUGGGCAAACCUGAAGCUAUGGUUCAAGCAAAAAAUCAGCAAGGAAGAGUUUGAUAUUGAGGCACGUCGUCUGUUGGCACAAGAGAAUGUCCAUGUUCAUAAUGAUUUCCUCCUGGCCAUUCUCACACGAUGCCAGAUCAUUGUCUCCACACCAGAGGGCACAGGACCACUGCAGUGGCAAGGUAGCUGUGCUUCAAAGCCCGGCAAACCAAAAGGGAAGAAGAAAUGUUCCUCCAGACAAAAAUUUGAUCAUCGUUUCCAGCCUCAGAAUCCUCUGAGUGCUGCCCAGCCAUUCAGCCCACGAGAGGUGGGAGGUGAGGAGGAGGAGCUGCGUCUGAGCGCCCACACUAUGCUGCUGCCCACACGGGGCCAGCUGGAGGCUCGCAUGAUGGUGACUGCCUUUGAGCUGGGGCUGGAUAACAUCACAGACGAUGCCAUCGGCACCAUGAUCUACGCUGUAGAGCACCACUUGAAAGAUGUCCUGACCGCUGUGAUCACGCGGAGGAAGGCUUAUCGACUACGAGAUGGUCAUUUCCCCUACGCAUUUGGCAGCGACGUCACACCUCAGCCUUAUCUGAAAAACAGCCUUGCUGCUUACCACAGUGUUACUGAAUGUCCCCCUCCAAGUGCUUCUCUCCCAGCCGGUCCCCCACCUCAAGUGUCACCUGAUGAGGCUGAGCAACAAGCUGUGCACUUGCUGGCUUGUUCUGCUGACAGUCUUCCUGCUCCCCUCCCUCCAAUCAGCAUGUUUGAUCUUCUCGAGGCUUUACAGGUUCAUCAUGGUGUGAUGCCCUCCCACACCAUGUAUGCCCUCAACAUGGAGCGCAUCCUGUCGCGGCUCUGGCACCCGAGUCACGAAGAGCUGGAGCAGGACCACGUACACCGGCAGCGCCUGGCUGCUAAAGAGGGCAUGUUGGUCAGCUGAGAACCACUGACACAAGACUGUAUGUGGACUGCAGAAUUAACCAGGAACCAAAUACAGAAACAAUCCACAAAUGGAAAAGAAAGACCUUGUGAGACUUGGUAGAUCACGUCUGUGUUGCACAGAAAGAUGGAGGAUGGGUGAAAGAAGAUAAUUGUACUGCGAUCACAGACUGGGCAGUAGCUGGCAAACUAUCACUGUGGCUGCUUAACUGUCGUCUGCUCUACCAGCCAUAUUAGUUGGCAGAAAACCAUUAUUUUGAAAAUCCUGUUCCUUCUGUUUAAUAUUGAGAGUUUAAUUUAGUCAAAAAAAAUAUAUUGUGAGCUUAAUUUUAGGAUAUACAAGGAGCUACGAGUACGUCCCACCAGCGUUGCACAGUAUUUGAGUUUAGCCGUCUGUGUGGAAGAAGUUUUAAUACACUUUAAAACUCGCAUUUGAUCUUUUUAAUGUAACAACUAAAACACUGUAAGAAUACCAAACAGCUUAUAGCUACCUGUGCAGCAGUGGGUACAUGACCAGGUCACAUAAUACUGCACUGUAUAAAAGAUGACUGAUAUUUAAACAGUCAUACUUUACUGAAGGUGUUUUCAUUAUAGCUGACCGGAUCUCAUGUCAGGUGAAGCUGGGGGAUGUAACUGAAAAAAAAUAAACGCAGCAUGCAAAUGGUUGCCGAUUCGGACUCAGAGAUAGGGUUAAAUUUAGCCAGUUGUGCACAAAAGGUUAUUGAGCUGUUCAUCUGGGGACAAAUUCUCAUUCCUAGAUUUAAUUCAUAUCUUUUUCAGGCGUGGCUUUAAAGCACUACGAUCCGUUAGUGUGACCCGUACACAGACACUCGUUUGAUCAGUGACUAUAAAAGGCCUUAAAAUGGAGCUUUAUUCAAAUGACACAGAUGACGAGAGGAAGGAGGAAGGCAAGAACUCGCAAUCGGCAUGUUCAGUGCUGGCAGGUCAGGCAACAGAAUUUCCACAACGAUCUAACUUGCAAAAAUACAUUUAUUAGCAACAUUUUGGUGGUAUACCUUCAUCAAAUGGAACCAUUUGCCUGAUAAGGGUCGAGCCCAGAGACAUUGCUAAUAAAUGUCAUUUUGGAAGCUAGACAUUGGCAGAGUCUGUUGGAAACUUUUCAAUAUGCUUGUCCCUUUCCUUUCACACCUGAUUCAAGAAGUACGUAUACGAAGAGUUGCUUUGUCUUCAGUCACAGCGGAAAAUCUUCCACAUCUGACAACGUGAUCCUGUUGUCGAUGUCUGUAAACUUUACCCAGCCGUUCAGGAAAACUGGGAUGACAUUCCACAAGCAGCAUUGACAACCUCUUUAACUGUGUUUGACUUUUGACUUUCUGCUGAGUGACUAAGCUCUUGAUUCGCCCGUUAUCAUUUACAAUAUAGUCAUACUUGGUUAUUUCAUGAUAUCUAUUCUGUCGUAGAGAUGCCUUGUGUUAGAACAAGUGCUUUCCCCCCCUAUGUUAAAAAGAAUGAACUGAAUUUCGUGCAAUAUUACAGGUUGCGUUUAUGUUUUUGCUCAGUAUAAAUCACCAACUGUCUUACCAGGUGCAAUUGGGAGGUCGGGUCGGUGGAGCUCUCUCUGCCACACAGUACUGAAAAGAGCUCAGUAAGUGAAAACACCUGUGUGGGUUUACAGUUGGGUGUGUAGGAUGUUUAAAAUCUGCCGGACAGCUGCCUUCCUCCUGAACAUAUGUUGAAAUUAUCUCAUAAUUGUUCCUAAAACAUUUUACUGGUCUCUGGUGUCGGUGUUGGUGGUCUACAGGGUCUGUACACUCGAACACCUGUCCAUCUGUUUAGGUUAACUGUAUAUACAUUUCUACUUUUUUCUGCAGUGUUUUUUUUUUUAUUUAUAUGCAAAGAGUAGCUCACAAAAUAAAUAAAAAAAUGAAUCUUUUGGAACAAA